AUGUCAGCGGACUGCGUCCAGCAUACCGAGGCUCGCAUCGACUUCCGGAGCAGUGCACUGGGGGUAGCUCGUCGCGUCGGCCAAGUCCCCUCCUCCCGAGUGUCCCUGGUGCCGGCCCUGUCUGGGGGGAGCUCGGGGGGGGUCUCCGCUCUCUCUGGGCCACACUUCGAUCCCUCCCCGUCCCCUGCAGGGUCCCUGGCCCAGCCGCCCGGAUUUACCCUGACGGUGCCACAGUCGGUGUCGGUGCAGGAGGGUCUCUGCGUUCUCGUCCCCUGCACCUUCACGUACCCAGCCUCGUACGACACCGACAAUCCCUCGGCCAAGCUCUAUGGAAUGUGGUACAAGCAGUCUGCUACUGUGGGCCAGGAUCCUCCCGUGGCCAGCAGUGUCUCCAGCCAGGGGCUGUCGCAGGAGACUCAGGGCCGGUUCCGGCUGACGGGGGAUCCAGCGCACGGCGACUGCUCCCUGCAAAUCAGUGAUGCCCGAUGGACGGAUGCAGGGAGAUAUUUCUUUAGCUUCGAGAAAGGCCUGUUAGAUCACACUUACCGCUCCAAUUCCGAUGGCGCUGACCCUGCGCUCACGAUCUCUGUGACAGGGCUGACAGAGGAGCCAGAGAUCCAGAUCUCGCCGGCGCGGGGGCUGCCAGGGACGCUGCUGGUCGGGAAGCCAGUGACUGUGACCUGCACGGCCCCUGGGAGCUGCUUCGGGCCCCCUCCCCAAGUCACAUGGACGGGGCCGUUCAGCGACACAGCCCAGAACGUCUCAGCCCAGCUGGCGAACGGCACCUGGGCCCACAGCUCCGCGCUGAGCUUCACGCCCGGCCCGGGAGACCACGGCAAAGGUCUCGUCUGCAGCGUAACCUACAGGCCACCACGGGGACCUUCCACCCGCAGAACCGUCCAGCUCCACGUCGGCUUGCCAGAUGCGUGGAGAGCUGAGGGCAACGUUUUGUCUCUGGAGACCCAGGAGGGAGACUCCCUGAGCCUGAGCUGUGAGGCUGGGAGCAGAGCCGAGGUCAUCCUGAGCUGGGCCAAGGGGCAUGAGUCCCUCAGCCCUGGUCUGGGAGGAGACGGGCACCUGGAACUGUUCAAUCUCAGCAGAGAGGACACUGGGGAGUAUCGAUGCUGGGCCAAGAAUUCCUAUGGGUGGGCCAGCCGGGCCCUGCUUGUGCACAUGCCGUCUCCCACAGAUGGCCUCACUCGGGCGUUUAUCGAAAUGAGCUGCAAACUCGUCUUCGUGGCGACUGGAUUCUUCCUGGCCUAUUACCUCACCCUGCUCUAUUACAGAUGUCCUGCUUCUUACCUCUGGAGGGACUUUGCUGCACUGAAGCUCUGAACAAAGGACUGAUGACCCAUCCCAGCGGGGGAUGUGCUCCAGAGACUGCUACAAUCAUGAGCCAAGAACUUUGCCAUUACUGUAUGUAACUGAUUCCAUUUAACCAAUUCUAGCUCU